AUGGAGGCUAGGAGCCGCAGCGCUGAGGAGCUGAGACGAGCCGAGUUGGUGGAAAUUAUCGUGGAGACCGAGGCGCAGACGGGGGUCAGCGGCAUCAACGUAGCGGGCGGCGGCAAAGAAGGAAUUUUCGUCCGCGAGCUGCGCGAGGAUUCACCUGCAGCCAGGAGUCACAGCUUGCAGGAAGGGGACCAGCUGUUGAGUGCCCGCGUGUUCUUUGAGAACUUCAAGUACGAGGACGCGCUUCGCCUGCUGCAAUGCGCCGAGCCUUACAAGGUCUCCUUCUGCCUGAAGCGCACGGUGCCCACGGGGGACCUGGCGCUGCGGCCCGGGACGGUGUCUGGCUACGAGAUGAAGGGCCCGCGGGCCAAAGUGGCCAAGCUGAACAUCCAGCAUCUGUCCCCUGUGAAGAAGAAGAAGAUGGUGCCAGGGCCCCUGGGGACCCCUGCAGAUUUGGCCCCUGUUGACGUCGAGUUCUCCCUUCCCAAGUUCUCCCGACUGCGUCGGGGUCUCAAAGCCGAGGCUGCCAAGGGGCCUGUCCCAGCUGCCCCUGCCCGUCGACGUCUCCAGCUGCCUCGGCUACGUGUCCGAGAAGUGGCCGAAGAGGCCCAGGUAGCACGAAUGGCUGCUGCUGCUCCUCCCCCAAGGAAGGCCAAGGCAGAGGCUGAUGUAGCCACAGGAGCUGGGUUCACAGCCCCUCAGCUAGAGCUAGUUGGGCCUCGGCUGCCAAGUGCUGAGGUGGGUGUCCCUCAGGUGUCAGCUCCCAAGGGGACCCCAUCAACAGAGGCAGCCAGUGGCUUUGCCCUCCAUCUGCCGACCCUUGGGCUUGGAGCCCCAGCUGCACCAGCUGUGGAGCCCCCAGCCAUAGGAAUCCAGGUCCCACAAGUGGAGCUCCCCACCCUCCCCUCUCUUCCCACACUUCCAUGUCUGGACACCCAGGAAGGGGCUGCAGUGAUAAAAGUCCCCACCCUGGAUGUGGCAGCACCUUCUGUGGGAGUGGACCUGGCUUUGCCAGGUACAGAGGUGGAGGCCCCAGGAGAGGUACCUGAGGUGGCCCUGAAGAUGCCCCGCCUCAGUUUCCCCCGCUUUGGGGUUCGAGGGAAGGAAGCUACUGAAGUCAAGGUGGUCAAAGGCAGCCCUGAGGCCAAAGCGAAGGGUCCCAGACUUCGAAUGCCCACCUUUGGGCUUUCUCUCCUGGAGCCCCGGCCCUCUGGUCCUGAAGCUGGAGCUGAGAGCAAGCUGAAGCUCCCUACCCUCAAGAUGCCCUCCUUUGGCAUUGGCGCAGCUGGGCCUGAUGUCAAGGCCCCCAAAGGGCCGGAAGUGAAGCUCCCUAAGGUUCCUGAUGUCAAACUCCCGAAAGUGCCUGAGGCAGUCAUUCCAGAUGUGCGACUCCCCGAGGUACAACUGCCCAAAAUGUCAGAGGUGAAACUUCCAAAGAUCCCUGAGAUGGCCGUACCUGAUGUUCACCUUCCGGAAGUGCAGCUGCCCAAAGUCCCUGAGAUGAAGCUCCCGAAGGUGCCUGAGAUGGCUGUACCUGACGUACACCUCCCAGAUGUACAGCUCCCAAAAGUUCCAGAAAUGAAACUCCCAGAGAUGAAACUCCCGAAGGUGCCCGAGAUGGCCGUGCCCGAUGUUCGACUUCCAGAAGUUCAGCUGCCCAAAGUAUCGGAGAUGAAGCUUCCUAAGAUGCCCGAGGUGGCCGUGCCCGAUGUUCGGCUCCCAGAAGUUCAGCUGCCCAAAGUGUCGGAGAUGAAGCUCCCUAAGAUGCCCGAGCUGCCCAAAGUGUCGGAGAUGAAGCUUCCUAAGAUGCCCGAGGUGGCCGUGCCCGACGUUCGGCUCCCGGAAGUUCAGCUGCCCAAAGUGUCAGAGAUCAAAGUGCCUGACGUGAAACUUUCUGAAAUGAAGCUUCCAGAAAUAAAACUGCCCAAAGUGCCCGAGAUGGCAGUGCCCGACGUCCACCUCCCAGAGCUGCAGCUUCCUAAAGUAUCAGACAUGCGACUGCCUGAAAUUCAAGUGCCACAAGUCCCAGAGGUGCAUCUUCCUAAGGUGCCAGAGAUGAAGUUGUCCACAGUUUCUGAGGUGCAGAGAAAAGCCGUAGGCGUGGAGCAGGCAGAAGGGACUGAAUUUAGUUUCAAGUUGCCGAAGGUGACCUUGCCCAAGUUAGGGAAGGUGGGCAAGCCCAGUGAGGCAGGUAUUGAGCUUCCAGGUAAACUCAUGACACUUCCCUGUCUGCAGCCGGAGGUGGGCAGUGAGGUGACUCGCGUUAGUGUCCCCUCCCUCUCUCUGCCUUCUGUGGAGCUUGACUUGCCUGGGGCCUUGGGCCUGGAAGAACGCGUCCAAGAAGCCCCCUUGGUCAAAGUGGAGAAGCCAGAGGGCCCCAGGGUGGCAGCAGGUGUUGGAGAGGUGGGCUUCCGGGUGCCCUCUGUGGAGAUUGUAACGCCACAGUUGCCCACGGCUGAAGUUGAGAAAGAGCAGCUAGAGAUGGUAGAAUUGAAAGUCAAACCCACUUCCAAGUUCUCGCUGACCAAAUUUGGACUUUCGGGACCCAAAGCGGUCAAGGCUGAGGUGGAGGGGCCUGGACGAGCCACCAAGCUGAAGGUCUCCAAGUUUGCCAUCUCACUCCCCAAAGCUCGAACUGGGACGGAAGCUGAAGCGAAGGGAGCUGGGGAAGCAGGGAUGCUGCCUGCCCUGGACCUGUCCAUCCCACAGCUCAGCCUGGAUGCUCAUCUGCCCUCAGGCAAAGCGGAGGUAGCAGGGGUUGAGAGCAAGCCCAAGGGGCCCAGGUUUGCACUGCCCAAGUUUGGGGUGAAGGGCCGGGACUCGGAAGCUGAAGUACUAGUGGCAGGGGAAGCUGAGCUUGAGGGAAAAGGCUGGGGCUGGGAUGGGAAGGUGAAGAUGCCAAAGCUUAAGAUGCCCUCUUUUGGACUGUCCCGAGGGAAGGAAGUAGAAGUUGAGGAUGGAUGUGUUAGCCCUAGCGAAAAACUGGAGGCCAUAGCUGGUCAGCUUAAGAUUCCUGAGGUAGAACUGGUCACACCAGGAACUCAGGAGGUAGAAGCUGGCACCAGUGGAGUGAAGCCAUCAGGUCCGAAGGUGUCCACCACUGGGCAGGCGGUGGCAGAGGGCCAAGAGGGAGUGCUAAGGGUGCCCACCCUGGGCAUCUCACUGCCCCAGGUAGAACUGACCAGCUUUCGCGAGGCAGGAACUGAAAUUGCAGCUUCAUCUGCAGAGGGCACAGCAGGCUCUAGGGUCCAGGUGCCCCAGGUGAUGCUGGAUCUGCCUGGAACCCAGGUGGCAGAGGGUGAUCUCUUAGUAGGUGAGGGCAUCUUCAAGAUGCCCACAGUCACAGUGCCCCAGCUAGAGCUGGAUGUCGGGCUGAGCCAUGAAGCCCAGGCUGGUGAAGCAGCCAAGAGUGAGGGUGGCUUGAAGCUGAAGCUGCCCACCCUGGGUGCAGGAGGCAAAGGAGAGGGUACUGAGCACGAGGACCCCAGGGCGCAGCGCACCUUCCAGCUUCCUGAUGUGGAACUCACUUCCCCAGUCAGUAGCCAUGCUGAGUACCAAGUGGUUGAGGGCGAUGGGGAUGCUGGACACAAACUCAAGGUUCGGCUGCCCCUGUUUGGUCUGGUGAGGGCUAAGGAAGGAGUGGAAGGCGGAGAAAAGGCCAAGAGUCCAAAGCUCAGGCUGCCCAGAGUGGGCUUCAGCCAAAGUGAGGCGGUCUCUGGAGAAGGCUCUCCAAGCCCUGAGGAGGAGGAAGAGGGCGGUGGGGAAGGAGCUUCUGGUCGCCGGGGUCGGGUCAGGGUCCGAUUGCCUCGUGUAGGCUUGGCUUCCCCUUCCAAAGUCUCUAAGGGACAAGAGGGUGAAACAACUUCCAAGUCCCCAGUUGGGGAGAAGUCACCCAAAUUCCGCUUUCCCAGGGUGUCCCUAAGCCCCAAGGCCCGGAGUGGGAGUAGGGACCGGGAAGAAGGUGGAUUCAGGGUCCGACUGCCCAGUGUGGGGUUUUCAGAAACAGCAGCUCCGGGCUCCACAAGGGUUGAGGGAACCCAGGCUGCUGCCAUCUGAAGCCCUGGACAGAGAUGGAUUCCCCUCUUGCCUUCCCAUCCCCCACACCAACUCCCCAUUUUGUGUGUGACAUUA